AUGAAGUUGUUCAGUCUAUUAGUUUUACUUGGAGUAUAUGGAUGUUUCUCUCAGUACACAGACAGUCCUGCAUAUUAUGACCGAAGAUGUGGAGAGGAUCUUGGAAACCUGUGGCUUGAAGUGGUCGCAGUUGUUGAUAAUUCGAAAGGAAUGACUAACGGAGGACUAAUUAGUAUUGCUGCAAAUAUUGCCAGUGUCUUCAGUAACAACACUCGAAUCGGAACUAAUCCAAAUGAACCGAGGACCACAAGACUCGGAUUGGUCACUUACAAUGCCGUAGCAAAUACUGUCGCCGAUCUUGACCAAUUCCAAUCACUCGAUGACGUCUAUGAUGGAAUUUUCGGUGGAUUGGCUCAAGUGAGCUCUUCCGAUGAAUCAUAUCUUGCUCAUGGACUUGCUCAAGCUGAAAUUAUUCUGGAAGCCGGACAAACAGCCGUCAAUCGUUCUCAUUACGAAAGAGUUGUCAUUGUUUACGCAUCCACUUACAAAGGAUCCGGAUCUCUGGACCCAAUUCCAGUUGCUGAUCGUCUUAAGACUGCUGGUGUAACCAUUAUCACAGUUGCUUACGAUCAAGAUGGAGAUGGUGCUCUUCUUCAUGAUCUCCAAAAGAUUUCAACCCCUCCAUACAAUUUCGCAAAUACUGACCAAGCUGGAAAUACAAUUGGAGAAAUUCAAGGAGCUCUCUUGCAAGUGAAUUGCUUUUGCCCGAAUGGCUGGACCCAAUAUCGUGCUUCAUUCACUGAUGUUUAUUCGUAUCGUUACGGAGUCUGCAUCCAACCAACCAACUUGAAUGCCGUCUGGCGUGCAGCUCAGUCUGCGUGCCGUUUCAAGUGGAAGAAUGGAUAUUUGGCCACUGAAUUCGAUGCAAACAAACAUGACUUCAUACUGGAAGCAAUCAGAAAUGAAACUGGAUUCAUUCAACCAUUCAGUUAUCACAUUGGACUCAACUAUGUCAAAGGAGUUUGGGUAUGGGAUCAACCAGUCGGAUGGCCACAGCCACAGCUUCAAACUUAUUAUGCAUGGAAUCCAGGAUACCCAAUAACUUCAUCUACUCUCACUGGUGUUUUGAAUCAACAAAGAAGUUCCGACGUUGCAACUGGAUGGCAAAACAUAAGUCCAUUGUCUACUGGAGCUAAUUACAUUUGUGAAACUGCCUCUUGCGACACUGAGAAUUAUUGCUCUUCUGUUAAAUCUGAUUAA